ACGGAGAUACACAGAUCGUUGUUAUCCAUGGGUAAACAACGCUAGUCUACUGUAAUAACGUGGUCAAGCACAGUAAUGGAAUCUGUUGGUAGUUACCACCUAUUGUACAAACGUACUUGCAUCACCUUGGCAUAACCAGUUUGUUGUUACAGUAAUUAAUACUGCACUGGGACAAGUUGAAAUAACAGCGAAUCAUGAAAAGACAAGAUUCCACGCGAAGCGAGGAGGAGCAAGAUGGAUUUAGGAAGCGGCUCACAAAAAAAUUAGAAGAAUCAGUUUAUAAAACAGCAGGAAGACCAGACUCUCCUUCACCCAGCUGUGUGUCCAUGAAGAGUGAUGAAUCCCUGAUCCGCCCAUAUAACUUCAACCAAGGAGAAAAGAGUGAUGGAAAAGGUGUUGAGAGAUCAGAUUCACCAGCACAAAGCUGUGUCUCUGUAGAGAGUGACAAGUUGGAAAUCAGCCGAGGACACAACAAAAGCUACACAACAGAAGAUAAAGCAGGAAGACCAGACUCCCCUUCACCCAGCUUUGUGUCCAUGAAGAGUGAUGUAUCCCUGAUGAAUCCCCCGUAUAACUUCAGCCAAGAAGAACGUUUUGUUAAUGAUGUUUUUGUCCUUCUAAACUGAUGCCUAAAUUCUUUAUGAAAUUAGAAAAAAUGGAGACAAUAUAAGCUUUCAAAAACAAGUACAAUUAUAUAAAAUGCAUACACGAUUUCAAAGUACAAUAAGUGAUGUCUGAUGUGUUUAUGGUGCAGGCAGGAAGACCUCCUUCACCCAGCUUUGUGUCCAUGAAGAGUGAUGUAUCCCUGAUCCACUCGAUUAACUUCAGCCAAGAAGAACAGAGCGAUGGAAAAAGUGUCAGAAUCGAAAGAUCAGAUUCAUCUAGCUCUGUGGAAAGUAGCUUGAUGAAAAUCAGUCACAAUGAAAUGAAAAGUGGGAAAAGUUUCAUAAAUUUGCAUCUAUCUGCACCAGUAGCACAAGGGCACUACACAUCAUCAAAACCAAUGGGGCAACGAAAGAAAAGACUCUGUUUGAAGCACUCAUUACCAUUAGAAGUCUAUUGUAAUUCGGACCAGACACAGAUCUGUAAACAGUGUGCAACGCUGGAACACAGAGGACACAACAAAAGCUACACAAUAGAUGCUCAGAUUCUUCAUGAACUAGACACAGAGUUUCUGCUUGAGCAAACUCUAAACAGUCUAGACAAAGACAAGUUUAUUUGUUAUCUGUGCCAACAAUUCCCAGAAUGCUUUGAGACUCCCAGGGAAGCUCUGGAUGUUCAGGAACUAUCAAAAAUUGUUUUGGAGAAAUUUGGUUCUGAGAUGGCCCUAAAGAUAGCUCUAAAGGCCAUGUUGGACAAAGGAUGUGAUCAUAAGACCAUCCAGGAUCAGCUUAAAUCUAAACUACAAAAUCAUCUGAGAUCUAAAUUUAAGUGCAUAAAUGAAGGAAACGCUCAGCAGGGAAACCCGAUUCCUCUAAAUAAAAUCUUCACAGAGCUUCUCAUCACAGAAGGAGGGGAUGGAGGUAUCAACAAAGAACAUGAGGUCAGGCUACUUGAGGAGGCAUGCAAGAUCAAAAACAUGAAAGAGAAAGUAAUAAAAUGCAAUGAUAUUUUUAAACCUUUACUCGGACAGAAAAAAUGGAUUCGAACUGUUCUAACAAAGGGAAUCGCUGGAAUUGGAAAAACAGUAUCAGUACACAAAUUAAUACUGGAAUGGGCAGAAGGAAAAGCCAAUCAGGAUGUUCAUUUCAUUUUUCCGCUCCCUUUCCGAGAUCUGAAUUUAAAGGUGAAAUCUAAAUUCAGUGCAAUGCAACUUCUGCACCAAUACUUCCCAGAACUCAGAGACUUGAAAACUAUAAGAGGUGAGGAAACAAAAACUGUGUUCAUCCUUGAUGGCCUGGAUGAGUGCCGACUUCCUCUUGAUUUCAAAAACAAUGAAAUGUGCUGCGACCUGACAAAGGAAGUCUCUAUAGAUGUACUGCUAACAAACCUCAUUCAGGGUAAUAUUCUACCUACGGCUCUUUUGUGGAUAACCUCUCGCCCGGCAGCAGUCGGUCUGAUUCCUCCAGAGUGUGUUGACCAGAUUACAGAGGUCCGUGGAUUCAAAGACUCAGAGAAGGAGGUGUAUUUCAGGAAAAGGUUUACUGAUCAAGAUUGUGCUGAUAAAAUUGUUGCACACAUAAAGUCUUCAAGAAGCCUCCACAUUAUGUGCCAUAUACCAGUCUUCUGUUGGAUAUCAGCUAUGGUUCUGGAAAGGACACUGGAACAAGCGGACAUGGUGCCUAAAACGCUGACCCAGAUGUACACCCACUUCCUCCUCAUUCAGACACAUGUGAAGAACAAAAAGUACCAUGGAGUGUUUCAGGAUAACUUGGAUCUGAUGACAUCAGACAAAGAGAUGAUCAUCAAACUAGGAAAGCUAGCAUUUCUGCAGCUGAAGAAGGGAAAUCUGAUUUUCUAUGAAACAGAUCUGACUGAGUGUGGCAUUGAUGCCAGCAAGGCAUCCGAGUACUCUGCGAUCUGCACACAGAUCUUCAAAGAAGAGUCUGGAUUGUAUCUGGAGAAGGUCUUCUGCUUUGUCCACUUGAGUAUUCAGGAGCACCUAGCUGCUGUCUAUGUGCAACUUCAGUUUGUGAACAACAAUGAAAACAUUCUAACAAAAGACUCAGAACAUCAGAGCAAACCAGAGAAGAUCUCAGAUCUGCACAAGAGUGCUGUGGAUCUAGCGCUGCAAAGUGACAACGGGCACUUCGACCUUUUCCUGCGCUUUCUUCUUGGUCUCUCACUUGACUCCAAUCUAGCUCUUUUAAAAGGUCUGAUAUCAAAUAGUAGCAUGGAGAACUUGGAGGAGACAGUGGACUACAUUAAGGAGAAAAUCAGGAAGGAGUCCUCAGCAGAACAAACCAUCAAUCUGUUCCACUGUCUGAAUGAACUGAAUUACAACUCGCUGGUGGGAGAAAUCCAUAGUUUCUUGAAAUCAGGCAAGCGUUCAGAGAUGGAGCUUAAACCAGACCAGUGUUCAGCUCUGGCCUAUGUGCUGCUAACAUCAGAAGAUGUGAUAAAUGAAUUUGAUUUAAAGAUGUACAAUACUUCCCUUGAGGGAUAUCAGAGGCUGUUACCUGUUGUUAGGACCUCAAGAAAAGCCAGUCUUGCUGGCGUCAGCCUGACAGAUGAAUCCUGUGAGAUCCUUGCUUCAGUUCUUCAGUCACCAAACGCACACCUGACAGAAUUAGAUCUCAGCUUCAACAAUUUGGGAGAUCUGGGAGUCAAGCUCCUGUGUGGCGGCCUCUUAAGUCCACACAGCAAACUGGAGAAACUGAAUCUCAGCCACAACGAAUUGGAGCAUACAGGAGUGAAAAUUUUGUGCACUAGUCUGAAGAAUCCAGACUGUAAACUGCAAAUACUUGGAUUGGCUGGCACCAACUUCUCAGAACAGUCGUGCAAAUUAAUGGCUUCAGUUUUCAAGGCUGGUAACUUACACCUGAAAGAGCUCAACCUUGGCUGUAACAGUAUGAAGGACUCUGGUGUAAAGCUUCUCUCUUCAGGACUUAGAAGUCUGAAGUGUAAACUUCAGAAACUCAGGCUGGACAGAUGUGACCUCACCCAUGUAUCUUGUGAAGCUUUGAAAAAUGCUCUGCAGUCACCUGACUCACACUUGAGAGAAUUGGAUCUCAGCUACAAUAAACUGGGAGAUUCCGGAGUGCAAGAGCUCUGCGAUGGACUAACGCAUCCAAACUGCAAAUUGGAGAAACUGGAUCUCAGCUACAACAAUCUUGGCCAUUCUGGAGUAAAACUUCUUGCUGCUGGACUGAUGAAUCCAGACUGUAAACUCAAGAGUAUAAGACUUGCUGAUGUUAGUAUUGAAGACGAGACGUGUGAAACUCUAGCCUCGGCUCUACAGUCAGCAGAUACACACCUGUUGGACCUUGACCUCAGCAACAAUUUUAUAGGAGAUUCAGGAGUGAAAUUACUCUGUGCUGGAUUAAUCAGUUCAAACUGCAAACUAGAAAAACUGAGUGUAUGCUGGUGUAAUAUUACAGACAAGUCCUGUUCAAACCUGGCGUCUGUCCUGCGCUCCGGGACUUGUUUGGCAGAACUGGAUCUGAGAGACAAUGACCUGUUGGACUCUGGUGUGAAGCUGCUUUGUGUUGGUCUGCAGCAUCCACAAUGCAAACUGCAGAGACUGGGGCUUUCAGGAUGUUGUGUUACUGAAGAAGGCUGUUGUGCUCUCGCUGUAUCUCUCAGCUCAGAUCAUUCAAAACUGAAAGAGUUAGAUCUUAGCUACAAUCAUCCAGGAGAGUCCGGAGUAAAGCGGCUCUCUGCAGUACGAGAUGAUCCUCACUGGAAACUGGAGAAAUUAAGUGUGGAACAUGGUGGGGCUUGCAGGACCAAACCUGGACUGAAGAAAUAUGCCUUUAAGAUCAACGUUGACCCGAACACGGCACACAGAACUCUAUUACUGACUGGUACCAAACAGGCGACAAUGAAGAAAGAAGAGCAGCCGUACGCAGAUCAUAAGGACCGGUUUGAGUUUUACUCUCAAGUUUUGUGUCAAGAAGCAAUGAGUGAUGGUCGUUUUUACUGGGAAGCCGAGUGGACUGGCAAUGUCAUUUAUAUGGGAGUCACUUACAAAGGAAUCAACCGAAAAGGUCGAAGCAGAGACUGUAAACUGGGGAUGAACAAAAAAUCCUGGAUAAUGUUUUGUUCUGUUGGUUAUGGCUGUUACGUCAGUUACGAUGAGAAGGAGAUAGUCUUAACUGUUCCAUCAAAUCCUUUCAAAAGAAUGGGCAUCUAUCUAGACUGGCAGGCUGGCACGCUCUCCUUUUUUAUCAUUUUGGCUGGCAGGACGCAUCACAUGUAUACAUACCAUACAAAAUUCACUGAGCCUCUGUAUCCAGGCAUUAGGGUGCAGUCUACCCUCCACGACUCAGUCAAACUGUGUGAACUAGAGUAAAAAUGAGCUGAUUUUAAAAAAUGAUGCCGAAGUUGGGCUCAAGGACAAUUAAUGAGUCAUGGUAUUAAACAACGAAUAUUGAACAUGCUUUAUAGAUAUCGUGGUGAUUCCAUAAGUAUUGGUCCUGAGAAAACUCUCUGUAACAAUGUGCAUGGCUGAAACACUUCUUGCUUGUCCCCAAUGGAUGUGUAGAUGAAGGUACUAUCUAUGAGCAUAUCACUUUUCCAAGGUUGAUAGAUCUCUAUCAGAAUUGUAGCAAUGCUUCUAGAAAAUGAGUUUUUAAUGGCUCCUGCAUUUCUGUUCAAUGGUGACUCUGCUUUAAGACUAGAACUAAAUGUGCAAUAUAUGAAAAGAGCUGAUUAAUGAAAUCAUAUAUGCUGCUACUUAUUAAACACAUGCAAUCUGCUAUUUCAGUCUUUUUCAAACGGAAAAUACUUAAUUAAUGACUGAACCACUGUGGUUUACAAAAUGUAACAAGGGGGCCAUCGUGUACAAGCUUAUUUCAUGUUUAUGUGCCUGUUAAAAUUCGUUUAUUUAAUUAUUAUUCUCUCUGCAGACCAUUUUUUUUUGCUUGCGACCCACUCAAGGGUCGCAGCCCAGAGUUUGAAAAACCCUGUGUUAUUUUACUAAAUGGUACAAAAUGGAUAAAAAGUGUGCAAUUUAUGUGAUUAUUUAUUUAAUAUUGUUAUUUUAAAUGUGAAGAAUAAUGUUAUAUACAUUAUAGAAGUAUUAUUUAUAAUGUUGGGCCUGUUUACGAUGGGUCCCUGCAUAAAUGUAGCUACCAAUUAUGAAUUAUCCAUUCACAAGAUAUUGUGUCCAUUGAAGGAAAUUAAAACACUCUUGAAAAUGUU